AGUUGACUCAUUCGAUUCACACCAGGUCAAGUGGCUAUGUGAUCGUGCAUUUAUGUACGUAGGAUAUGUCAUGUGAACGGGUAAAAAACGCUCGAUCAUUCCACCUCACUGACACAGUACAUCUUUCACACGAAUCAGUUAUCUCCAUUUGAGAUGGCCGAGCAGGAUGGAGGGGAACCAUUCGUCGAUGUUAUGGGUCGCUUCGUGCACGAUGGCGUCACGUUUCCCGACAUCGUCAUGAGAGAAAGCCUUGAUGAACUGAAGACACUCGACGUCAGACCCGAUGACGUGUGGGUCUGCACGUAUCCCAAGGCGGGCACCCAUUUCGCUAUGGAGAUCGUUGCACUCAUCCUCGGUGAUGGCAACCCCCACAAGAUUAACCGACUCACCGGUAUGAGUACCGUAGCAAUGCCUGUCUUCCUGCCUCCUCCACCUGAUGAUCAACCUCAAGGUCAACCUCUAGAUUAUCUUCGUAACCAACCGCCUAUACUUGACAUGAUAAAGAAAGCACCGUCCCCUCGUCUCAUCAUCAGCCAUCUUCCCUUUCAAAGUCUACCACCAGAGAUUGAGAAGAGAGCAAAAGUGUUGUACGUGGCACGUAAUCCCAAGGACAUGGCGACUUCAACGAUGAAAUUCAUCGAGAAAACCAUGCCUGUACCGGGGGGCUUCCCCAAACUCCUGGAUGACCUGAUGAAUGGUGAUAACUUGGGUGGAUGGUUUAAUCACGUGAUGGACUACUGGAAUAAGCGAGAUGAAAAGAAUGUUCUUUUCUUAAAAUACGAGGACAUGGUCAUGGAUCUCCGCAGUUGUGUAAAGAAGGUUGCCGAGUUGCUUGAACAUCCUCUAACCGACGACGUUUUCGAGAAGGUGGUGGCGGGAAGUGAAUUCAAGGGAAUGAAGAAAACUUAUGACACUCUCGAGAAAUCGGCUGAGAAAGGGAUCUUUUUAACUCGUGCUGGCGGCCAGAAGGAGAUGUCUUUCAUGCAAACAGGCAAGAUUGGUACAUGGAAGACUAAGUUUACGGUAGCUCAGAGUGAGAUGGUUGACGCUUGGUACCAAGAAAAGUUUGCUGGACAAGAGCUCCAGUUCCAGUUUGAGUAACCAACGUUAACAAUCCACCAUCGCUGUUUAACUUCCAAUCGGGAAAUUCGAAUGAGGACAUUUUUGAACAAAAAAAAUUGUCCAACCACAUCUUUAUCCCCCCCCCCCUACUCCCCUCAAUCAAAGUGGUCUCGUGGCACCCUUGAAUGGGAAUGAAAGCAGAAAAAAAAUCGAAACACAUACAUAUGAAAGUUUGAAAUAAAUCGGACCAAUGAUAAGAAAACUAUGAAUAAUUGAAAAACGAGAUUACUAAUUAGUUAUAUGCGUAUUUCAAAUUUGCAGUUUGGUCAGUGGAUUAUGAUGUAGCCGCGGAUAACUCUCCCAUUUUUCUCCUAAGUGCCUUCACCCUUGGGGCACUAACGAAAAUACAUUAUAGGUAGCAUAUUAUCAUAGGUCCUCUGAAGCAAAAAGACCCUCCCGAGUGAAGCACUUCAAACAAAAUGUGUUAGUCAUUUUGUGUGUUGGAACAAAUGGGGAGUGUUUAUUUUCUUCAUUUACAAGUGAAAAU